AUGGAAGGCCAAGAAACCAAGCUUGCACGGCGAGUAAUGGUGGUGGCGGAUCCAACCCGAGAGUCAGCGAGCGCGCUUCAAUAUGCGCUCGCUCAUGUAGUGCUCGAACACGAUGAAUUGAUCCUCUUCUCUGUCGAGAACCAAAACACGUGGCGAAACACAUUCACGACGCUGCUCAAAAUACCCAGCCUUGCCUCCACGGCCAUAGCCACCAUGUCCUUGGAAGGGAUCAACGCAGAGGAGGGCGUGGAUUUUCUUGAAGAAAUGAAGAAUGCAUGCAAGCGUGUGCAGCCAAAGCUGAGUGUGCGUGCGGAGAGGAUGGGAAAGGAAGAUGGCAAGGACAAAGCCAACACUAUCCUACAUCAAAGCGAUGCUCUUGGGAUUGAUAUCAUAAUUAUAGGGCAACGGCGGAGAAUUUCUAAGGAAAUCCUAGGAACAUAUACGUGGCCUGGAGCCGGGCGAGGGACGACUAACAAAGCCAUAGACACCGCAGAUUAUUUGAUUGAAAAUAGCAAGUGUGCUUGUGUUGCUGUACAGAAAAAGGGCCAGGAUGGAGGCUACCUUCUCAACUCAAGAACCCACAAAAACUUCUGGCUUCUGGCUUAA